CCCAUGCAUGACGUCAACGUGUGUCCACCAUUUUAGCUGCAUUCCCAUUACGACCGCACUGGCUCUCAUCAGGAAUAUGAGGACCCUGGUUGAACUUGUGCACUGACUUGAUGUCGUAGAAUAUCACGGCAUUAUAGAUUGAUUAUAGAUAUUUAGGUUCUUGAUUCUCGCUGGAGCCAUGUUGGAUCAAUUACAUCUCGACGCUUGGCAGCGGAUCGCUGCUGUGGGUAAGAGAGCGUAUCUACAAGUCACAUAAAGUGACUGGUCUUGCCCCUGCCCCCCUUAAUGGCCCCUGACAUUUCAGCCAGACUAUCAGAGCGAUCACAAACCACAUACACAUCGACGCGUCGGUAAAGUCCACCGUUCCGUGGAUGACGUCAUUGCGUGAGUGGUGUCUCAUAGAUGCAGACUGCCGGCUUGACUUGAGAGCUGAAUACGAAGAUGAGGAAGCAAGGUGCAUCAUUUGAGCAGAGUGUACUGAAGCUGAAGAUGUUACCUUAAUGAAGGACUCGAACAUCUCAUAGGCGUAUCAAAGAGACACUAGGCUAGAGAUCGAGACACGUCCAGUCAUUUUCUAUUCGCCUUUCCUGAGCGCUAGCACAGCAAGGAAGAAGUACCCCUGGGACAUUUCAAGUGGAUAACAACGUGUCUGCUAAGAAACUGUAUUUAUCUGGGUCCAGGGAAAGGACAAGCUGCAUAAUACAAUUUUUGACCAAUCUUGUAAGUUUGUGGAAGAAAAACUGACCAUAAACUCCGCCAGGCGGUCUUCAGGAACGUUAAAUUGAGGAUUGACCAAUUCUUCAUUUUUUCCAGUACGACUUAACUACUUACAGCCUCGCCGCCCACGCCGAACUGAUUCUAACAAGCAACGUUUCUUUUCUUGUGUAAUCAUUCGAACUAAAUUACACCCUUAUGCCACCCAACUGUUGCAUUUUUGUACAUGAACAUGGAUUAAGGCAAUUAAAACGCUUGAGGGGUUCGGAGGUUGACGUCAUGAUGACGUUAUCAACAACCCUGCAUGAAGUACUGUAUAAUGUAUAUAGGAGGAUGUUCAGAGCCCUUGAUGACGUCAUGAGUUGGCACACUUUGGCCAGGAAAGCGUUGCAGAGCGUGUCUACACUUGUCCAGGCAUGCAGACUGUCAUGACAGACAGUUUAAGAUGCAUGUGAUCUGAGGUUAUGCAGUUGAACAUCACACUCUUACUAGAGAUGCGUUGCUGAUUUUCACGCUUGGACAAACUAUCCCUACAGAUUAUCGAAAUUCUGGCCUCACAGGGAAAACUCCAACGUUCCCCUCUCGGUCUUUGAGCGGUUUUCAGUGAGAGUUUUAAUGAGUAGGUGGGCAAAUUGUUUUUCCUCAGGACAUUCCCGUACAGCCGUUGUACGUGUUUCCGGAGCAAUUUAGCCAACUACAAAGAUGCCCGGACUAAUUGACAGACAUACCCGGUCGCCCCUGGCUUUACAGGCGACGCGGGUGUCGACGUGCCUCAACGGUUUGUCGCUUGGUCUCACUUCAUCCUUGACUUACUUCAACGAUGAGGAUCACGUCGUUGAGGGCGUCUUCUGUCUUGCUCUGGACGAGAAUACGUCAGUGACGGGAUUUGAAGCGCGUAUGUCUCAGGGACGGAACAUCAGCGUGCACGUGAAGGAUCGAUGCGAAGUUGAACAUUACGACGAAAUCUUAACUGGUUCGCCUGCUGCGUCUCGUAACAGCAGCCAUCACACCUAUAUCCCACCUGGAAAGUUUGCCUUGACUGAGUAUGAUAGUACCCGUGUAUUUUGUGCCAAUCUCGGUACCAUUCGACCCCACGGGACGGUCACCAUACUCAUGUGCAUUUCAUCUCUACUUCAAACUGGUCAAUCGGGAGAAGUGUUGAUGAAACUGCCAAAUAUUUUCACCCCUCGGUUUGUCCGUGAGCCUGUGCCUUCAGAAGGAAAGAGCAGUGCCCAUUCCUCGCGCCCUAAAGCCAAGCCAAGCCUAGCUGCUGCAUCACACCAUCAGUUUAUCCUUAGAUCCUUGAUCGAUAUUGCUGAGGAGGUCAGUGACACAUCCAAGGAGUAUGACUUUGAGUUUCAGUUAGAGGUGAAAGCACCCACCCUUCUUGCAGGUGUAUCUUCGUCUACUCACGCCAUCCGAGUAGAUGCCGAUCCUUACGCCGAGAACGCUUCAGAUGUGUUUGUGACUUUAGCUGAGCCCCAUUCAAUGGACCGUGACCUUGAGGUCAUUCUUCACCCACCUAAGCCCCACCUGCCCAUCGUCAUCCUCGAACACGGCGACAUGAGCCCGGCUGAGUACGAGAAUUUCGUCAAAGUGGAGCAGGAAUAUUUCAGAACUGGGGAGAGUACAGAAAGCGAUCAAAGACGAGAAUUAUUGAAUCGAAUGCAUAAGGAUAUAAUGCAUAAUGCCGUCUCGAUGCUGAACUAUUGCCCCGAUUUUGACGUCCUGGCCCGUCAGAUGUUGCCCUAUCGCUUCGAUAUCCAAGGCGAAUAUAUCUUCAUGAUUGACCGUAGUGGCAGCAUGAGUGGCGAAUAUAUCGCCAACGCCCGGGAAACACUUAUGAUGUUUUUAAAGAGUCUACCAACAUGCUGCCAUUUCAACAUCAUCGGGUUCGGUUCGUCAUUCAAACCGCUGUUUGAGUGUAGCCGAGCCUACACGCAGUCCAACGUACGAGAAGCCAGUUCCAACAUCACCAAAAUGAGAGCCGAUAUGGGUGGAACUAGUCUUUUAGCUCCACUCUUGUGGAUCUAUCACCAACCUGUUACCAGAGGAUGGCCAAGACAGUUAUUCGUCCUUACAGAUGGCGGAGUCAACAAUACUGGAGAUAUACUAGAUCUAGUCCGGAGUCAUUCUAGGCACACAAGAGUUCAUACAUUUGGUGUUGGUGAGAACGUCUCCAAACGACUAGUGAAGGGCAUGGCACGGGCCGGUAGAGGGCGUGCUGAAUUCAUAGCCAUCAAAGACCGCAUGCAAAGCAAGGUGUUGAGUACGUUAAAGCACGCCCUCCAGCCUUGUAUUAGUGAUAUCCGUCUGGACUGGAAACUACCGUACGGAGUGGAAGUCCUUCAGUCCCCUACCGUGCAUCCAUCAAUCUUCCAGGGAGAGCCUUUGGUGGUCUACGGUCUCCUAUGCGAUACGGUCCGUAUGCAUAGCACGUUGGCCUCGGUGCUUCUCAAGACGGCUCGGAAGAAUCCCUUUGUGGAGAAAGCACUGUCCAGAGGCUCAAGCAACGAGAAGGCAGAGGAAGACGCCUCGUCGCCGACGAGACCUAAAUCCCCUGUGAAAAAGGAUGGAAGUCAUGAACAAGAAGAGGUUUCAACUGAGAAUCAAGAAGUUCUUCCCCCAAAGAGUCAAUCCAACGGAUUGACCCAUUCCACGCCACCGAUGGUUGAAGACGGCGAUGUUGCUGUGCCUGCAUCAGUCGAGCAUAGUCCCAGACGAAAACUCUCCAAUGUCGGUCAAACGGCUCAAAAGCGCUAUUUGGAACUUGCUGCCAAGCGGAAUCGAACAGUGUCCGUUCCAGAUAAUCGUUUUGGGGGCGUGGCUGACCCGGUUGCUAUCCAGGCAAUUCUUUCACGUCUGGAAGCAACCAGUGAACGCCGGCAGUCUGAAUCACAGCUCCACCCACUCUCGGCCAGAUCCCGUAAAUUCUCACCUGUCAUGAGAGCCGAGGGUGGAAGCACGACUAGUUUCGAUUUCGAGCCGUCCAGCCCGGCCUGGGAUAAUUUUAUGGAGUCAGGUGACGGAGAGGAGCUCUUCGAUCAAGACGUUCAAAUGUCAUUGAACGACGCUGUGGUGCUGGACGACGGCAAACUGGUUGAUAUGGCGACACGAACAGGAAAAUGCAGUGUCACUGUAUCUGGCCUCUUCUGCGGUCGUCCAAUCAGCUGCGAUGUUCCUUUUGAUAUAUCAACCCUUGUGCGUGGUGAAUGGGUUGGACCGUGCGGCGAAGAGGACGUCUGGGAGGAGACUAUACAUCAACUAGCUGCCAAGCGUUUGCUGCAAGAUUUUGACGCAUUGUCAAGGCGCUUAGGACAUGAAAACGGGGACAAGCGAAACUUCUCCGAUGCUACCGCCGAAGAAAUGGUGAAGGUUCGUACCAAGAUGCUAGAGGUAUCUCAAGCAGCUAAUGUCAUUUGUCGUCACACGGCAUUCGUCUCUGUAGACCAGGAGACAUUGGAGCCUUUACCAUCACCCAUACAGGUGAUCCAGCCAACACCACGCAUCUCAAAGCCAGUUGGUAAACGAUCCAUUCGGUUUGGUUACAGCAAAGGGUUAGGUCGACGGAUAUCCACGUCGUUCACCGACUCGGAAGAAGACGCCUUCUCGUCAGGACUAGGUCGAUCUGAUUCAAUGAGUUCUAGUCAGUCUCAGUCCCAACCUUACUCGGCUUCACAUUCCCUUGAUUUACCGCACGCUGGAUCCAAUAGUCCGACCUGGUCAUCACACGAAGUACCUGAAUGGUCGUUUUCUGGAUCCUUUUCCAACAUCAACAUCACUAAGCCGAAACCAUGGCAACUAGCCACCCGCCUCAUUAAGCUUAGCAACCGAUUGAGCACGAUGCCGUCGAAGAGACCACUCUUCCGUGCUGUUGACAUGAUGGAAGGAGGUGGUCGGACCCUCAGCAUGGAAACAGUUGAGCUGCACGCUCUUGUCAACCUCCAGCUAUCUAAUGGAUCAUGGGACCUCGAUCAGGAGCUAGCUGAAGCCUUAGAUAUUCCCAUGGAGAAGCUGAAGAGGGCAUCACCUCUCUGCAUCCCGGCUGGUGACGAGGAGAGCGUCUUCGAAGCCGAGGUGGAUACAACUGCCAAAGGAGGAGUAUCCAGUCCAAGCAACAUUGACACCGAUGAUGCCUAUACCAGCCAAGACAAAGAUAAAGAGGAGGAUGAGAUGCACAUCAAGAUAGUCGAGAGCCCUGUCGAUGGUAGUAAACCCUCUACUACUUUACCACAGUCUGACAGUGGAUACCAGACCCUAAGAUCAUGCUUUUCAUCCCCUGAUGAAUCUGUUCUAGGAGCGCUUACUAUGACGUAUUCCACGCGUGUCGAGUCAUCGCUGACAGAGAGCAAUGCCGCAAAGAGCGACGUCUGUAGCAGCAACAGUCCUGGGAGUAGGCGUCUGGGUUCUGACGACUCGUUUGGGGAGGUUUUGGAGAACCGCAUCUGGGCUACUGUCUUGUCUCUAACCUGGCUGGAGCACAAUUGUGCCUCUUUCUUUAAUGAGUGGGAGCUACUGGCCGCUAAAGCUGACCGUUGGUUAAAUGAGCAGCGUCUACCACGAGGAUUCGAUCUACCGGGAUUGAAAGCAGCUGCGUAUCAAGUUAUUGUGCUGUCAAGAAAAUAGAUUUAAGUUCUUAGGCUUAUUCUGCAGAAAAUUGUACUUCUGAAUUUAAAGAGGUUAUGAACAUGAUUACGGAAGUAAAAUAAUUAUCUCAAAACGCAGUUUAGGAAAGUUUACUAUCACCGAGUAGGACUAUCUUGUGAAGACUUUGGGAUAUGAAGCUCGUGACUGCAUGCUGUCAGCCCUGAUUGGGAGAAAUCAAGUACACUUACAUAGAAAAAGCGGAAAGAUACUAUUAUUAUUCUUACUGGUUUAUUGCCACUUACUUGCAACCUGGUAAGGUUGCAAAGUGGUACAUAAAAAUACAUUAAAAAUCAUAGAAAUGCGUAUAAGAAAUCUUACAAUAAAUAAAAUAAUGAAAACAACAAAACCAUAAACAAUGCUUAUGAUAAAAAGCUACCAUUAUUUUGUUUUACAUUUUCAUUUCACAAACCAUCCGACGCAUAAAAAUGACUAAAAAAUUACAAUGCUAAAAGAAACUGAUGAUAUGAAAAAGACAAAGGCACGUGCCCUUACAUCGAUUCUAACGAAACAGUACGUAAUGAAUGGCCUUAUGGUAUACAUGCAUCUCAAAGUCCAUGGGGCCUUUAUAAAACACAUCCGCGUAAUCACUAUUUCGAAGUGUGUUUAAACAUAUAUCCGUGCAUUCCCUGUCGCAAUUUGUGAUAAAGUAGAGUAACUUUUGGUGCUGUUUUUAAAGCAUUAAGCCAGACAUAAAUGUCUUUGUACCAUUUUGUGGAUGAUUGUUCAAGCUUGUAGUUUCUGUGACUUGUAGUCUGUCUAAUAAUUUCGAUUAUUCCAUCUUGAACAGGGCCAGCAAAAGGGUGAGGCAAAACAGAAAAUAUUUUCGCCCAUUGCCAUCAUCACACUUUAUAUUUAGCACACAUGCUUUAUAAUAACAUCUAUUAAGAUCGUGUAAACCUAAGAAGUACAAAAUUGUUCACUAUUUUUAUGCAACUGUCACAGAACGACCACUUUUCUCUUUCGGCCAUGAUUUCAACAUGAAACUGAACAUCAGAGUAUAAUCAACAAUUUUGUACAGAAGUAGUACAGUUAUAUCCUUCAAAUUAUUAGAUGUAGAUGAUGCAUGAUUAAAAAAAAAGGGUGUGAAUGAAUUUGAAAACUUUUUUCCGUUUUCCGUUGCACUUUUUAAAUUCACUCUCAAUAAGAUUGCCUUUAUAAAUCUCUGGCUGGUCCAAAGAUUCCACGUCUUGCAUUAACCUAGCUCAGACAGACAGAGUUCAUGAUAAAGUUCUUUAUGUUCGCUACCAAUCGAAGUGUAUUUUUAGUUUCAAGCCGACUGUACAGAAAACAAAAUUACACAAAAAUACGAGGAAUUCUUAUUUCAUUUGGUAUAAUGAACUGAAAAGUGAUUAUUUGCGAGGACAAACAAAAAAUGUUUAACAGCUUUGAAAUUGCCUUGAGAACCGUUUUGGCCUUUUCAAAAAAUUGUUUCUUCGACUUACUUACCAGACACUUUUAGAGUCUCAAGAUGUUUGCCUCACAAAGGAGUUCUAAACAACUGAGCCGAGGUAUUAGAGUUUGAAAAUUUGCAUGAACAACUAACCAUUUAUUCCAGAAAGAUGACUACUCAUUGCGAUCAUAACCAGAGUAAAUGUCAUGCCUCGUUUAUUUAUAUUUAUAAACAUUAAUUUAUAUAAAAAUAACUCCAGGGAAUCCCUUUUGACAGUCGUCAAAAUGUGUUCACAUGCUGUAAUUUAUUGUCCAAGCUGAAUUUGUGUAAAAAAUGGCUCGUCUUUCAUUUAUUAUGUAUAAAACUUUUCCAGAUCAUGUACAUGUAUAUAUACACCUUCACAUUGUAAAUAUCCAUAGCUAUGUCUUUUAUUCUAUAUAUUUACCCUGAAUGCCUUUACGUGAACAGGUGUCUGCGUGUAUAGGCAGUUCAUGCCAGUACUAUAGCAUCAUAGUCUAGAAAAACAAUUACGAAAUUUUGUUGUUUUUCCAUGUUCGUCACUGUUGGUCAGUAAUGUAAUAAUUAUGAAGCGGUGUAUAACGGUCAGAAAUGAAAGAGGCGUGUUGAUGACAGCCAAUAGAAGUAGGCCUACAUAUUCAUUUUUUUUGCAGGAAGGUAUCAAUGAAAGAUGUUAGAAAAGUUUCCUUAAGAUGAGCUACAGCAAUCCGUAUUCCACACUUCAUUUUUGGAUUUCAGAAGUUUACCCGUCAUGCAAAAUCUCUAAAAAGUUUAGUUCAAAAACUUAGAAAAUGGUUGGAAAUUCUUCAAAUAUGUGAUUUCGGAAGUUUAUAAAAACAGUUUUGUGAAAAGAUGAAUACAUUUUCUGUUUUGGUCGGCAGAUGCUCAGGUGAAAGAACAAAGUUUGCUGCCCUCACACGACUCGGUGAUGAUGAGUUAAUUCCGUGUGCUACUAUGGCAUUGUUGUUAAUAUACAUUUGUAACUAGUACUGCAAAUUUCAGAUACGUUUAGAUUGGGAAAAAAUGUCAGAACUACUAUCAAAAAAUGACAGUCCAAAAUACGACAUGAUAAUUAAAAGAAAACAAAGGGAAUAUUUAAUAUCUUUCCCCAACCCGAGUAAAGUGAAGAAGUAACUUCAUGGUUUGUCGCACUUGCGCUUAAUUUUUGUCUAAGAUCAACAUUUUCGGGAAUUUUUCAUUCAUAUUCCCUUUAAUGAUCCAGAAAGUCGAAUUUUUUUUUGUUCCAUUGUUAUGGCUUAAUGCAUCAAUAAAUCGUAAGUGCUCUCAUAUGAAGUAGACUUUCCUCUUUCGCCUGAUACUUAAACACGGUAUACCCCAAGCUUUUUUUUUUUAUUGCGCAAUCUAACCUUUAAAUAUAAGAUCCAAGCACAAUUUCUUCAAGAAGCUUGUGGCCUGGUGGUCUAGCUCGCUGCCUGCCUGGUGGGCUGGCUUGCUGACUGGCAGGCCUGGGGAUCCUGGUUCGAAAGCCGGGGUUCCCGGAGAGGGAAGUUUUUUUUUUUUUUUUUUUUUUUUUAUACUAAGUUUUUUAGCAAAAUUGUGCAUGCCUACUGGGAUUCGAACCCAGGGCAUUGUGCAUAGCAGUCAGUGUCCUUAACCGUUACGCCACGGCUCUUUCUCGAAAACUUGUGCUCGUUUUUAAAUCUUAAACCUUUCAUUGUUGGACUUAGACAAUUUUUCAACCAGGGAUCCUGAGGUUGGGGAGUCUGAGAGCUGAUGACAUAUUCGAAGAGUGGGAGACAGCAGGCUGGGGUAAUCGAGGUCGUGAGACUAUCUGAUAGCUGACGGUCAGAGUUUGGCUUGGUAAAUUUUCAACUUCUAAUUUGGGGGCUUGGGAGCUUGAGGCCGAUGGAUGACUCGGUAUUCGACUUUCAGGAUUACUUAGUUGCAACAAGUUGAAUUAAGCAAAUGUGAGAUGACUUUAUAAAACUGACGAUUGUCUGUGAGAGCAAGGGAACUGGAUUUGAAGGUCUUUGGGUGAGUCAAAGAGCGACAUGAAAAAAGGAGGGGAAGGCGCUGGAAGUGAAAUAUCCAACCCCGGGCAAGUGUUAAAAGGAUGGAAAAAAUGGGAUCCAGGAUACAACCUUUGAAUACAACAUUGGAAAAUUAUGCCACAGAACGACAAGCAUUUGUAUGAAAUACAUUUGUUACUUUUCUUUCUUUUAUUGAACAAUUAACGUUCACAUGAGAAACGCCCUAAUUUGACUUAAAUCAGACAGGCAGGCAGAAGCUCAGUACGGUUCUUCAGUGUGAUUUCUCAAUGCAAUAUGAAAAGAAAGUUAAGAGACAACCACAUGUGGGAAAUCUAAGCCGGGAAAUGAAGGUAUCACUUUUACCUCUUGCAAACGACUCAACUAAUUGCAAUGAUAUGAUUU